CAGGGCUAGCGGGGGAAAAAUGUGCGUUUUGGUGUUGUUCGUUCGCCCUGAGUCCCGGUUGCUGCCAGACCGAGUUAUAUCCAACCUGUUAUCAGCGCGGAACGAACACGCGAAAAACAAUCAACAUUCGGUCGGUGUAAUGCAGGCUGGCUAGCAUUUGUUUGUUUUGUGUGUGAGAGUGUGUGUGUUUGUUUUUUUUUCUUCAAUUAUUUUUACCUCCUUUGCAUGUGCAACGAAAGGCAAAAACAAACAAACAAUACAACACCGGCCACCCAAACAAUAGCGCGUGUGGCGGGAUCGAGUGUCUGAUAGCGAGGGUUGCAACACAUUGUGCGUGUCGGUGCGUGUUUUUUGGGAGGGGGGUGGGGGCAUUGAUCGGUGAACAGCACGCGGGCAGGAUGGUGGACACGAGCGGCCACCGAUUGCCGCCCGACGACGAGGUGCCGGAUCGCUUUUACGAGCUUUGCAACGACUGGGCCGAGCGGCUAAGGGACGAGAAGCUGCCAUUCACCCGGCUGGCGCUCAUCUGCAAGGAAAUCUGCAACACCGUGGGCCGGAAGGCUGCCGCCGCACGGUACGGCGCGAUCGACCUGGCCGAUGUGCAACCGAGCCCACCGGCGACGCUCGAUCCGGCGGCGCUCGACACGUUUGCGCCCGAGCUGCCGCCCCUGGUCGUGGCGCGGCGGCUGCUGGCCCACCUGCUCGAUGGGAGGAAAACGCACAGCCAGCGGAAGAUCGUGGCCAAAUCGUACUACAACGUCUGGUGCCAGAAUCUGCUCGACGGCGCCCCGCUCUACACGAUGUGGGGCGUGCACGAUCUCGCCGACCCGGACGACAACAGUGUCGCGCUGUACGGCAUGCUGCACUCGCGGUUCCUCACGCCGCUGCAAACCGUGCCGGGGCUGGCGGGCAUGGUGGCGGAGCGCAAUCUGGCCCUGUUCCUGUCGCCGGCGGCCGGCUACACCCGCUGGUUUAACACCGCGUCCGAGAACGUGCUGGCGAUCGCGCGGCACGUGGGCCCGCCCGGCCUGUACGGGCACGAGCGGCCCGAACGGUUGUGGCACGUGGCGCUCACCAACCUCGAGUCGCCGUACCAUGGGGCGCGCGAGUACAUGCUGGCGCUGCUGAAGCUGCUCGUGCGGGAUGAAACGUUCGCGCACCGGACCGUGCGGCCCGAGUGGGCCCGCUGGUCGUGGCUGGAUCGGAACAAGUUUCACCUGCUCGCCCUGCUGCUCGAUCGCUACCGGUGGGAGAAGCUGCGCGAUGCGCUGCAGCUCUCGGAGCAGCAGCUCGCCGACGGGCUGCGGCUCUCGCUGCGCUACAAGCAUCUGUACGCGGGCGGGCAGACGCUGGUGCGGCUGCUCUACACGAACCAGCACAUGGCCGACACCGUGUACGGGCUGGUCACGGGCGUCAUCCUGUCCGAGCCGGCCGCGAUCGUGCAGACGAUGGUCAAGUAUUGGUUCAGCUUCUUCACCCCGAAAUCGUACCGCACCGUGUACGAACGGUUGGCGCUGGACGCAAUCCUCCACAAUUUCGCGCAACGCCCCGAGCCGACCGACGGAGACACGCUGCCACCGUACCUCUCCUCCAACCGGUACGAGAAGCUGUUCCUGCUAGUGUACCUCUUCCGCCAGCAGGUGCAGUCGAGCGACGUGCAGCAAACGCUGCUGGUGCGGCUGUGUGCGCUCGCCGAAACGCUGCAGCCGCUGGCGCCGGCCACACUCGACCUGCUGAUCUGCUCGCUCGGCCACUAUCUGGUCGCUUGUGGGGCGACGGGCCGCAUCGACACGCUCCAGCACAUGGUCGCGCUGACGCGCCACGUCCAGUGCGCGAUGGAAGCGCCCGGCCAGAUGGCCACCUGCCGCACGUGCGUCACCGUCUGCGCGAAGCUGCUCACACAUAUCGCCAUCACCCAGCAGGAGCAGCACCGAUCCUUCCCGCUCGACGCGCAAGCGCACCUGGCCAAGUUCAUGUCGUACGACAUGUACGAUCGCUACCUGCUGCCCGCCGGCUCGACCCCGCUCGACUACCAGCCGACCGUGACCGCGCUCCGGCUGUUUGCCGCCUUCGUCGAGCAGUGCUUCGAGUUUCCCGCCACGAGCCCGUACGUGCUGCAGAUCCGCGCGGACGGGGCGGUUCGCUGGAUCGGUCCGCUGCUGCCCGCCACACUGCCGCUGCCCGAGCUCGGCGCUUCCUUCCGCUCCAUGGUGUACGGGCUGCAGCAUCUGCUGCGCAGCGACUUCGACGACAUACGCGCGAUCACGCUCACCAUGCUGUACAACCGGGGCGGCGCGUUCUGCUACGAUCCGCGGCUCCAGAGCCAGCUGGCCACGGUGCACUCGGCGGCGACACCGGACGCCCCGGACCAGGUACGCACCACGGUGCGGCUGCUGCUGAACGUGACGCUCGCGCGGCUGGCGGCCGCCCUGGACGACUACAAGCGCGACUUUUACGCGUCCGUCCUCGCGGCGGAGGAGGAUAACCCGUCCGGCCAGCUGCACCGGCUGAUCGAGCGCUGCACGGAGGUGUGCUUCGGGUUUGCGGGCCCGGCUGGCGGUUCCUCCGUGCUGGGCGGGGACGACCUGCUCGAUGCGUACUGCUGCCUGGACACGGUGUGCGCCUUCAUGCUGCGGUCGCUCAGUUCCACGCCGCCCGCCGACCAGUGCAUCGUGCAGACGAACUUCCGGCAGCUCGACCGGUGCCUGGAGCGGCUGCUGAACCAGUCGGACGUGUGGCGGCGACGGACGCGGACGGUGGCCGAUGACACUGAGGAGGCUGCAUCGUCCGACUGCUUGCAGGUUUCCCUCGCCAAGCGGAAGAUCCAGGUCGCGCUGUGGAAAACGUUACGCGCGCUGGCCAUCUUUUUCGAGCAGCACGCGAUCCGGAUAAUGGACCGGCAAGUCCGGUCAGCCGGCGAGCAGCUGGACGUCUUCCGCCAGGAGCUGGAAUCGUUGGUCGCGAUCAUGGUGAGCUGCUGCCACCGGGGCGCAAUCGAGGCGACCGGGCUCAGCCUCAGCCGGGUCGUGCGGCACGCGGUGCAGCUGAAGGAGCAGGACCCGACCCUGCACCGGGCGGUGAAGCAGGUGUACUGCCGGUGGCGCGACUACGCACCGGCCAGCCCGGGCGACUUCCGGGAGAACCGGGGGCUGAUCUGGAUGCGGCACUGCUUCCUGCGCCACGACACGACGGACCUGCGGGAGGGUUCGCUGCUGCGCGACCUGCUCCACCACAAGCUGAAGCUCGGCGAGUGUGCGCUCUACCACGAGCGGGGCGGUCAGCGCGUCACGGUGGAGGUGCUGUGGCUGCACCAGCUCAAUCUGAUCGCGCGCGAAACCGCCCUGAACGAGUCGAUCCUGCCCCACCUGGACGAGCUGCUGAUCGUGGCGCUCAGCCACAUCCGCGUGCCGCGGUGGUGCGUGCGCAAUGCGGCCCUGCAGCUGUACGCGUCCUGCGCCCAGAAACUGACCGGGCAGGGCCAGCAGCAGUGCGAUCCGGGCGCCGACUGGCCGCCGGCCUACACCGCGUUCGAGGAGGUGGCCUGCAAGGCGACCCGCACCAUCCGCUACAUGAUCCGCCAGCUCGACGGGAUGCUGCCGGCGCCGACAAACGGGUACCGACGCAGCAAGCGACGAACGCAGCCCGACCACUGCCCGACCAAACCGUUCCAGCUGCUGGUGCUCCAGUUCCUGUCUAAACUGGAGUACCGCGGGUACGGCCAGCAUCACCAUCCGGAGUCGGUCGCACCAUCCAACACCACACCCUGCCCGCCGCACCUCGAAAUGGUGACCAAGCUGCGCGCGAUUCUGUGGCAGCUGUUGGGCCACGAUCACGAUCUGGUGCGCAAGCUGGCCGCCCGCUGCUUCGCCCAGCUGCACGACUACGCCACCGAGCUGCCGGCCCUGCUCGACCCGCUCGUGCACGAGCUGUUCAGUACGCGCGGCAGCGUCAACUUUCGCCACGGCCUGUGCCGGGCGGUGCUGUACUGCGUGCAGCGCUACGUCACGCUGUGCCGCCACGUGCAGCAGGGCGAGACGGACCGAGCGAGCCAGCGCACGGCCACACUGCUGCGCGUCCGGGAGAUGGUGUCGCAGCACUGGCACCGCGAGACGAGCGGCAGCGCACCGUUUCGCUACCGGUCCGAGCUGCUCGGGCUGCUGCUCUAUCUCGGGUUUGCGCGCGACAGUCCCGUGCUCGAGGCGCUCGUGCUCAACCGCACCGCGCCGAACGCGUUCGGGCAGGCCGUGCUUGUGAUGCAGCUGAACCAGCUGUACGGCGGGGCCGCCUGCACGGUAUCGCCCGCCGGCGUCGUGUCGAUCGACCCGACGCUCAUCGAUACCGGCGAAUCGUGCGCCCAGUCCACCGCGCUGCCGUACGAAGUCAGCCUGGAAUGGGACCGUGAGCUGGACGCGCUGGAGGCGGCCGAGGACGACUGAGUGUGAUGGGGAGAGAGAGAGAGAGAGGAUGCGCUGCAGAUGGAAGCGCAACUCGCCCACGGCAUGGGAAGGAAUGAAAGACAGUCAGCGAGCGAGCGCGAGCUAUUUUAGCUAAAAGUAAAUAGUUUUAAAUUUAAUUUUUUGAACAGUUUAUACACGGCCACCACCCCUGCACGCACCACCAUUGAUUGGGGGGGAAGGUGGGGAUCUGCCUAGGUAUCAUCAUCCUUGACACGAAGUGUACCGGUUUCCUUCUUCGCGCUUGAAAAGCGCGAGAUGAUGGGGGAAACACUUUUAUCGCAAUAUUCUCAUAAUUAAAUCACGCACGCGGCCAACUACGCGGCGUAGAGUGUGUAGCACAUACAGGGGUUUCCAGGAGUUCUCAUAGCUGUGGGACACUUUAUUGACUCGUUCUUACGCGAAAUGAACCUAAUGUAAAGGGGAAUUGGACUCUAUAGCAUCUUUUUUGGACAAAUCCAAUAGGAACUUCCCAGGAUCCUAUCCGAAAAGAGUGCCUUAGAAUCCAAUUUCCGUCAUAUGAAGUUCACUUCCCAUAAGAAAGAGUCAAGGUAGUGUCCCACAACUAUGAGAACCCCCGAAAAACCCUGUAAAGGCAGGUCCUGAGGGCAACAUGCAGUAUGCACCAACGCGCGAGUUGAGUGACGCUUUGUUUAAUAGACUUUUUGUCUGGCAAUUAUUAGCCAGAGUGUUCGAAGUAUUUCGUUCGAUUUUGUGUCUUUUAAUGUGUGCGGAGGAAUUGUUGAUUUUUUUUUUUGCGUUAACGUUACGCGGCAUUACAGUGACAAGCGCUCGAGCAUGCCUGAACCGGGAGAAUACUAGUGUAUAAUUUCUAGUGCAUUAGGUGUAUUAUUAUUUUCUUACUUUCCUCUAAUUGUACCAUACAGUUUCCAAUAUACCCGCGCGCACGUGCGUCGUACAACCCAUUACGUAUUUAUUUGUUUAUACAUAUAGGGCCAGCAGUAGGUAAUUAAAGGUUGGCGAAAACAAACAAAA